GGGGAAGCGGAGUUGUGCGCUGAGCGUUGGACUAGCUUGGCAGUGGCAGCUCCAUCAUGGACGUCCGCGCAACGACUGAAGGUUCCGGAACGACUGCGAAGAUUCCUUCCCCAAUCCUCAACUCGACAAGUACUGAGGAAGAAACUAAAAAAUCAGCACCCAAAGUCGCGGACCAACGGGAGAAGGACCUUGCACAGUCACCAGUUAAGCCGAACUUUGGCUUUAUAAUCCACGAUGGAGGAGAGCUUUCGCCCACCAGUCCAAAAUCCGACGAAACUCCCGCAACAGAAGAAGCGGAAUCUACAGAAGCCAGUGUACACAAAUCUGAAAAUCAUUCUCCCAAUGAAGUGAGCCACGCGCGUCCUCGUGUGCCAGCCAGAACCAAAAAACAAAGAAUCUUGAACCAAGGACUAGAACAGAAAGAAAACGAAGAGCAUGCAAAACAAGAAAUUAAAGCCGAGAAAUCCAAACAGGGGAACAUGGAGAGCAAAACCCGGAAAACUUUAGAUGUCGGGCUGAAGGCGGGGUGUAUCGAGGCCCCCAGCGGGCCAGUGAAGCUGAGAAAGGAACUCGGGCUUCUGAACUGUGUGGGACUUAUCAUUGGCAAUAUUAUCGGCUCGGGCAUCUUCGUGUCCCCAAGGACAGUGCUGCACUACGCUGGCAGCGUGGGUAUGUCCCUGUCUGUGUGGGUCGCCUCGGGAUUCGUGUCUAUGAUUGGAGCAAUCUGUUACACCGAGCUGGGCACGAUGAUCCCACAGAGCGGGGGUAACUACACAUACUUGCACGAGGCGUUCGGACCCCUGCCAGCCUUCCUCUACCUGUGGAUGGUGGUGAUGAUCGGCAUCCCGGGCGGCCGGGCCAUCGGGGCGCUCACCUUCGCUAACUACAUCCUCCAGCCAUUCUUUCCCGGCUGUCAGGAACCUCCACAGUCCGCUAUCAGGAUCGUUGGGAUUCUCCUCAUCGUUAUGCUAACUUGGAUCAACUCAAGGAAGGUGAAAUGGGCGACGACGGUGCAAGAUGUAUUGGCCCUGACGAAGGUGUUGGCCCUCAUCAUGAUUAUCGUGGUCGGUAUCAACCAUCUGGCGUGGGGUCGUAGCCAGCACUUCCAUGACCCGAUGGCCGGCAGCAACUAUAGUCCCGUUCUCAUAGCCACGGCGUUCUAUCACACGCUAUACGCCUAUGACGGCUGGGACAGUCUGAAUAUGAUCAUGGAAGAACUUAAGGACCCGUUCAAGAACAUGCCGAGGGCCGUCGCCAUCUCCAUCACCAGCGUCAUGGUGAUCUACGUCCUCACCAACGUCUCCUACUUCGCAGUCCUGUCUACUGACCAGAUGCUCGCCUCUACCGCCGUGGCUGUGACAUUCGGCAACCUGACCCUGGGGGUGAUGGCGUGGACCAUCCCUAUCUUCGUGGGCUGCUCGACCGGCGGGGGUCUCAACGGCUCCAUCUUCUCCAGCGCCAGACUCAUCCUCGUUAGUUCGAGGCGCGGCCACCUGCCUCGGGCCCUCUCCUUCAUCCACACUGAGAACUACACUCCCGUCACUGCCCUCGCUUUUAGCGCCACUAUCUCAAUAAUGAUGUUUGUGACCUCCGACGUGCGGGUUCUCAUCAACUAUCUCUCCUUCGCUGGAAGUCUGGCCGGGCUGGGAUGCAUCGGGGCUUUCUUCUGGUUCCGAAUCUAUCAACCAGAGCGCCACAGACCCAUCAAGGUGUGGCUCGGCUUCCCAAUAAUGCACCUGAUCAUCAUGGGAUUCCUGACGGUGUUUCCGGUGAUACGCCAGCCUCUGGAGGUGGUAGCGGCGCUGGUGGUCAUUGUCACGGGUAUUCCAGUCUAUUACUUCGCCAUCCACCGCCAGGAUAAGCCCAAGAAAUUCCUCUACGCCAUGGAUAAAGUGACAUAUGUGUGUCAGAUGCUGUUCCUGGCCGUGCCUGAGGGAGGAACAAGUUGAGAUCACGUCAUGUACUGAAGAGGAUGUGACUGAUGCUUUUGUAACUCUUAAAAAAGUCUUCCUUGGUAAACUCAAGCCUUAAAGUUGGUUAUGAAUUUUUUAAUUUGGAAUUUUCCAUAGUUUAUGCACGGCUAUUUCGUAGCAGUUGUCUUCCAUUGAGAGUUCUGAAGACUAACUUCACAAAGCUUCGAGUGUACUUUGGAAAAUAUUUUCUCAUGAAAGAAAUGAGUUUUUAAUGAGUGCAUAUAGGAGCCCAUUCGUUGUUACAAGAGCCCUAUACAAAAUUAUAAAUUGCGUACAGAAAACUAUCCAGGUUGGGUAUGACAGCCUUCUGAAAUGGGUACAGAAGAACCUAGAGAGGGUGGAAAAGUUCUUUACCCUGCAGCAACACAUCUCCUGCUAGAGGGCCGAGCCCACCUACCCCACUGGUAGAAAGGGGUUUUUACACCCUCAUAGGGGAAGAACUUUUCAGCAACAUUCUCAGCUUUUGAGAGCAUGACGCUUCUCGUGGCGCUGUAGACUACAAAUAUGUAUCGUGAUAUAUUAUCUAUUAAAAUUAUUGAAAAUCUAU